AUGGGGUUGGAAGGGGCCGCUGGGGCUGAUCCAACCGCCCUGCCCAGGGGCUCCCCCACAGCAGAGCCAAGGAUCACACCCAGGUUGUCUUUGUCUCCUCUCUACUCUUCAGAGUUCCUGGGACUAUGUUCCCUUCCAGGUUGCAGGUUUAAGGAUAUCAGAAGAAAUCUUCAGAAAGAUAUAGGAGAACUAAAGAGCUGUGGGAUCCAGGAUGUGUUUGUGCUUUGUACCAGAGGAGAGCUCUCAAAAUACCGAGUACCAAACCUGAUUGACACCUACCAGCAGCACGGGAUGUGUGUGCACCACCACCCCAUUCCCGAUGGGAAUGCUCCCGACAUUGCCACCUGCUGCAAGAUCCUGGAAGAGCUCAGAGCCUGCCUGGAAAAUAAGCAGAAAACAAUGAUACACUGUUAUGGUGGCCUUGGACGCUCAUGUCUUGUGGCUGCCUGUCUCCUGCUCCAGCUUUCAGACACCCUGGCACCUCAGCAGGUGAUAGAGAGCCUCAGGAAGCUGAGAGGAUCAGGGGCCAUACAGACCAUCAAGCAGUACAAUUUCCUCCAUGACUUCCGGGAGAAGCUGGCUGCACACCUGGCCACAAAGGAGCCGCUGCUCAGGUCGGCGUCGCGGUAG